AUGAAAACACGCUUAUCCGCGUCGACACACUACCUGACAUUCCACCCAUCAGGUGCAUUCUACGAGUGGGACUUUAUUUGCUCCAAUGAGCAGCGUAUGGCAUCUCGUUCACGAAAUUUGCGUUCAACGCAAAAUGGUCAGUCCGGGAGUAUGCAAUCCACAAACGGGAACUACCUACCGCCAUCUACCAUAGCUGCUCAGAUUGUCCACAAUCGAUCAACAGUCGCUCGUUCGGAGCCCGAGAACAAGGCAUUGUUCGGAAAGCUAUUGCAAGAAUAUUUAAGGGAUCCUAUAGUCGAGGAUUCAAGUAUCGAGACUCAUGCCCAACUAGUUCAAGUUGUAGCCGAAGCUGGUCUCGAUGUCUUACUUUCAGACGAUCCUUUUGCACUUGACAGUCUGGUACAACAAGCUAGAGAUAGCUUGUUAGUGAUCAGGCUGACAAUAAUUCGCAAGCCGGAUGUGCUUUUCUACAAGGGUGAAGGUGAAGAAGAAAGGCCACCGCUACUACUAUGGCUCCUCGCAAAGAUUUUGAAUCUGAGCGGCCGUCGUACCCUGUCAUUGAUUCAGAUGGACCUGAGAGAACUGCUUCAAUCCAUUUUUGCUGUUUUAUCUACGAAGAAUCGCACAUUGUCUUGUUCUUUCGACUUCAAAAUGUUGCUCACGGAUGUUGUUGAAGACUUAUUGAAUACUCUCGAGAGGAGGCAAUACGAGGACGACUCUGACAAGCCGCCGAUACGCGCUGUGGUUCCCUCGCCAAAUGCAAUGACGAGACUGUGGACACCUGCGGGUAGUUUAUUGGUUCUUCCGACAGGAUACCAGGCCGUCAUUCGAGAUCCGAUCCAAGCGCAGGUCCUCAUAAUGGAUAUUGUCGCCGUUUUAUCUCAUUGCAGUACCGGGCAUUCAAGCGAUUCAUUUAUGUCCAAUUCUGAUGAAACCCUGCAAUUCGACUGUUGUCACCGGAUCUUGGAUUUUUGCGCAACUGCCCCGAGUACAACAAAUGAAGACCAUGAUCGCGUUUUCGAUUCCGUUGCCAGUUUUCUUCUUUCAAAAAUUCAGAAGCGAUGCCCGAGGCGUAAAAUUCACCCAGCUGUUGAUCUUCUUGUGCACCUGUUGGAUCACUUACGACCACAACGUUAUCCUAACUUUUCAAAAACUGUAUUAGAGGCCAUUGAGCAAUUGCUACAACGUUGUUCCUCGCAACCAAAUCACGCUGGACUUUUGCAGCGCAAUCUUCUCCCUGUUCUCCAGCAUAUCGCUCAUGAUUUCAGCCAGGAUGUCGAUGACGAAUUCUCUGCGCAUGUUGCUGGUAUUAUCGCACGAUUAACGAAAACCACCGCCUAUCUUGACGGAAGUUCACCACCUACAAAGAAACUGAGACUAUCAACCAUCAGAUCAGAUAUAUAUGAGGACUAUCGAAAGGGUAUAGCAAAAGAGAUCAACAACCUACUUUUUGACAUUCACGAGACAGAUUUUCCAAUACUAGACGAGAAUGCUUUACAACGACUGCGGGAAUUUGAUGAUGCCAAACGCGCUACGAUUAUUGGCUGUCUAGGAAGACUUGCUUGUGCCUCUGCAGGGUCUUCCGCUCUGGAGCUUGAUGGCUCAGCCAGCAGUCGUUGUAAGAUUUGCGACAGCAUGGCUGCUCCUGCUGAAAGAGCUGGUGUGGACGCUAAGAUAACAAAGAGAGCCGAAGAAUCAAGCAUUCAUCUUCUAUCCUUCAUGGCCUUAUGUAUUGAAGAUAGCAGCCUAUGCCGCUCCAAGAUAUUUCGAGUAGCCGUUGCCAAUUCAAUUCGUCAAAUAUCCAAUCAUCUGGAUGACUCAGAAUGUUCUGUGCUGAGCUGGAAAGGCAUCGGACCCUGGCUCAUGCGUUCUUUGCAAAGUUCUGUACGAGAGCUUCGCAUUGCAUCAGCUGAGGCCUUGGUGGCUUACUCGCGGGAAAGCUUAUCAGAACCUGUACGAAGUCGAAACAGAUUGGACACGUUGGAUUUCUUCAAGUGUCUCGCUGAUAAAAACAAUUUGACUGAUCAAGAAACCCUCACAUUUGCAUGGGGAUUGAUUGGCAGGACGUGCGGCGAUGCGGAGCUAAACUUGGCUUUGAUACAGCUGGUAGACUAUCUUGGACAUUCGCACUCCUUGGUUUCCGGUGCUGCUUACCAGGAACUAUUACAGCUUGCUGAUUCCCGAGAAUGCUCACCAUCUGAGCUUCUAAGACCGUACUGGAGCAGCCUGGCGAUGCACGUCGUCAAAGACAUCUACGCUUGCCCACAGAAAGUCCAGCAAUUGUCCGAGCUCCUUGGCAUAACUGUCAACGAAUUGCUUAUACAGACACAAGCGGACACAGUACCAUUCUUGGUUCUCACACGAAAGAAGGAUGUUUUGCUGCGCAUUGCUCAAGCCCGCGGACCUUCCAUAAAUGUACAAGACUUAUGGCUGCAGCCAUCCAAAAAUCUCGCUGCAGUGCUUGCCUUACUUCUUAUUCAGCCUUCAGAGGAUCCCGAACAAGCUGCGAUUGCUCUACUCAAAGAUGCGUCUCCUGCUUUUGCUGAGGAAGAUCUCUCCGCACUCGUGAAGGCUGAAUCGAUCCCAAUUGCAUGUGAGAUACUUAAACAUGCUGCGGACCUUCCUGACGUAAGAAAACCGCAAGCACAUCAAGGCAUGCGCCUCCUGGCGUGCAUAAAUGAGAAGAAGUCUACGAGCAGAUCUUCCAGCAAGUCAGGCAAACAUCUCUCCGCAUUCCUUGAUGCGCAUAUUCUUGGGAUCAUGUCCCACUUUACCGAUAUCAUAGACGCACCACUUCAGAGACAGCCCAUGGUGGAAAAACAUCGAGCACUCCGCGCUGUCCAGCAGCUAAUCAUUCUUGGGGAUGUGCAAGUAAGCAUUGUAAUUCCUCAAAUUCGUGCGACCCUACAGUCCGCGUCAAAAAUUCCGGCCCUGGUUGACCAAGCAUUUCUUACGUGGGCUGCCCUGGUAGCCGCAGCAGGUGAAGAUGAAAUCGAGCUACUCAUCGACCAAACGUUCGCCAUGAUUGCUCAUCACUGGAAUGGUUACACGUCGAGCACACAGCGUCGGGCCUAUGACACAAUCGCAGGUCUCCUGAAGAACCAUAACGCAAUGGUCAGAGAUCGAAUACAAAUGCUACCUUCACUCGCCGGUAUUGAGAUGCUCAGCAAAUUUGAAAGCGAGAUAGCUAGGCUUAAGGCGACUUUGGACCCGAUUUUGCAUUUCGAAGCCUAUGCCCAACGUUGCAGUGAUGAAAAUUCCAUAAUUGUAUUACGAGCUUUGGUCGACCUCGGACCAUUUCUGGAGCAACAUCAGAAAAUCAUUCAUGAGUCUGCAGUCAGUCAGCAGCCGUCACCCGUGAUUGCUCGACUAUCAAGGGCGCUAUUAGACGCUGUCGUACGUUUCAAAGAGAGUGAUUCGACAAUCCCUGAGCUUGCAGCUAAAUGCUUGGGUGCAAUUGGCAGUAUAGAUCCGAACAAAGUUGAUCAUAUGAGAGAAAGACAUGAGCUUUUGAUGUUAUCAAACUUUGGGAAAGCGAGCGAAGUUGUCGAUUUCGUAGCUGUAAUGCUUGAGAGAGUUAUCGUCGAUGCUUUCCAUUCUGCACCCACAGGGAGGGCCCAAACAUACCUGGCAUACACAAUGCAGGAAUUGCUCAAGUUCUGUGACUUUAGAACUGCUGUUUACAGGCCCAGGUCCUCUCAAUCCGGACCAAAAUUUCAACGCUGGAUGCAAAUUCCCGAAUCAGUUCGGAGCACGCUUACGCCUUUCUUCAACACAAAAUAUGUUCUGGUCCAUCCAUCGUUACCUGGAGAUCACGAUUCUUUUCCGAUUCUUAAACCCGGCAUGGUACACGGAACCUGGCUUCGAACCUUCGUUUUCAGCCUUUUGCACAAGGGCACCACGGAAAAUGCUCAAAUGGUGUUUCCGGUAUUAUCCCGCAUCAUUUGGGGACAUGACAUAUCCAUUCCUACAUUCCUACUACCGUUUGUGGUUCUGAAUGUUGUGGUUGGCGGAAAUGAUGAUGACGUUCGUGCCAUCAAUGCUGAGUUCCUACGAGUAUUAUCUAUCGACAUUGACGCAAUAGAUGCUUCAUCUGCGGAGGAAGUCAAACAUUGUAGUGAGAAUAUCUUUCAAGUCCUCGACUAUCUAUCACGGUGGCUUCAGGUGAAGAAGAAGUUGCUGGGCGAAUUUGGUGGUGGUAGAUCCGUGCAAGUUCCGAAUGAUUACGAUGAGGUAACGGAGACCUCACAUAUCAGCAGUGUUGAAGCUGUAUUGUCAUCUAUACCAGCAGAUGUGAUUUCUCAGCGUGCCGUCCACUGCCGCUCUUUUGCCCGGGCGUUGUUCCAUUGGGAGCAGCACAUUCGUCAACUUGCGGAUAAGGCCGCGCUAAAACGAGAAGAUAUUGAAUUGGAUCAGCAACUCAGACAUCUGCAGCAUAUAUAUGCACAGAUAGAUGAACCAGAUGCUGUUGAAGGCAUGUCAACGAGACUGCAAAUUCUUGAUCCCGAGCAGCAAAUACUUGAACACAAGCGAGCGGGUAGAUGGACAACGGCGCAAACGUGGUUCGAGCUAUCGCUAAUUGAGAGACCUAACGACCGUGGACUGCAAAUGGAGCUGCUCUCUUGUCUGAGAUCGUCGAAUCGUUAUGGCUCACUCCUCGACACGGCACAAAGACUUACUGUUGAGCAUCCUGAUUCCAUAGCCCAAGUACUGCCAUUCGCAGUUGAAGCAGCAUGGACAACCGGCAAGUGGGAAUCGCUCGAGCGUUUCCUAAGCUCAGAUGCCGCUAAAGAUGUCAGAGACUUCAAUACAGAAGUUGGAAGGCUCUUCUUGUGUCUCCUCAAGAAGGAUGUAUCUGGAUUUGAGCGCCUAUUGUCGACACUGCGAGCUUCUAUUGCCUCUGCCUUUUCUCUCUCCACAACCUCUUCUCUUGGCACAGCACACACACACACUAUAAAACUCCACGCUCUUUAUGAACUUGAGCAAAUAGGUGCACUCAAAGACCGAGUGAUCACACCUGAUCAGCUUGUCGAUCGUCUAAGCAAGCGGCUCGAUAUUCUGGGUGCGUAUACCGCUGAUAAGCAGUACCUUUUGGGCAUUCGAAGAGCCGCUAUGCAACUCUCUGCCAUGGGCUUCUCAAAACAGCAAAUUGGCGCGAAUUGGCUUACGUCGGCGCGUUUGUCUCGCAAAGCUGGAUUAAGGGAUGCUGCCUAUGAUGCUGUUCUACAUUCAACAAAUUUGCACGACGGCGCAGCAAUGAUCGAGCACUCCCGCCUGCUGUGGCAGGAUGGCCACCAUCGAAAAGCUAUACAAAACCUUCAAAGUGCCAUCGAAUCGAACGUUUUUCAGUCUUACACUACCAGUAUGAUCGACGAUCAAUCUCUUACGACCGACGAAGGUCAUUCAAAUAAAAAUCAGAAUUUCCUAGUCGCGAAAACACAGCUUCUUCUCGCCAAAUGGAUGGAUCGUUCUGGGCACAGUAAGUCAGAAGAACUGCGGGCUCACUUUCUCCAGGCGUGCAAAUCCUUUAGUAGAUGGGAGAAGGGCCACUACUAUAUGGGCAAGCAUUAUCUCAAAAUCCUCGAAUCUGAGAAGGCAUUGCCACGAGCAAAACAGACCGAUAUCUAUCUUACUGGUGAUGUUCAGAAAUUGGUCAUCGAGAACUUCAUGCGUUCAAUGGUCUUUGGUGCCAAAUACUAUUACGAGACCGUGCCAAAGAUGUUGACCUUGUGGCUUGACCUUGCUGCUGACAUCUACAACGCCGAGCGAAACCCACGAACCCUUGAUCAACAAUAUCACUCCCUGCGGGUCAGAAAGCUUGAGGUCGUUCACAAGCAAGUGAAAAAGUAUGUUGAUAGGUUGCCUUCUUACGUCUUCUAUACGGCGCUUCCACAAGUUACCAGCAGGAUUAACCAUCCGCAUGCGAAAGCGAAUGAGAUUCUUUUGCAUCUGAUUCAUAAGGUUAUUAGCAUACAUCCUCAACAAUCGCUUUGGAGCAUUUUAGCCGUCGCUAAGUCAAGAGCAAGUGACAAGUCCAGCAAAGCGGGGUUGGUCCUUCAGCAACUCCGACGGACGAGAUCUGAGACUUCUGCCGUCGAUGUCAAGCUUCUGAUCGCUCACGGAGAAAAACUUACAAAUGCUCUUCUGGCAGCAUGUGAAGUAACUGUCGAGUCAAGAUCUUCUCGAGCCAGUCUUUCUCGAGAUCUGGGCUUCAAUCACAAGCUCGCACCAUGUCAGCUUGUUGUGCCAGUUGAAAAGGCCUUGUCAGCAAAUCUUCCGACAGGCAUUGGUGGACCAUGCGUGAGGAACCAUAAGGCGUUUCCCCGGAAUCCCAUUACUAUCUCGUCUUUCCUGGACGACGUUUUAGUGUUAAGCUCACUUCAGCGGCCAAAAAAGCUGACAAUGCGAGGCUCUGAUGGUGUGAAUUACGGUUUGCUCUGCAAACCAAAAGAUGACCUUCGAAAGGAUCAACGCUUGAUGGAGUUCACAACCAUGAUUGACCGUGGUUUGAAACGCGAUGUAGAGUCAAGCAAGCGUCGACUGUAUAUCCACACAUACGCCGUAACACCACUGAACGAAGAGUGCGGUGCGAUUGAAUGGGUUGAUGGUUUGAAGCCAAUGCGCGACAUUAUCCUCGCAAACUACAAAACGAAAGGCCUACGGCCAGAUUAUGGUGAGCUUCGCCAAUUGCUAGAUCGCGCAUGCGCAGAUCCAGAAAAGGGCUCUUGGAAGAUCUUUCCAGAACAAAUUGUUCCCAAAUUUCCGGCAGUCUUGCAUGAAUGGUUCAUUGACACAUUUCCUGAACCUGAUUCAUGGUUUACAGCGCGCCUUCGCUAUACUAGGUCUUGCGCCGUCAUGUCUAUGGUCGGUAAUGCUUUAGGCUUAGGUGAUCGCCAUGGGGAGAACAUUUUACUAGAGGAAGGGAAUGGAGGAUGCUUCCACGUCGACUUCAAUUGUCUUUUCGACAAAGGACUGACUUUUGAGAAGCCUGAACUUGUUCCUUUCCGUUUGACGCAUAACAUGAUUGAUGCGUUUGGAGUCUACGGUUACGAAGGUCCCUUCCGAGUCGCAUCAGAGCUCACAUUAAAGAUACUGAAGCAGUACGAGGACACUCUCAUGACCAUUAUGGAGACGUUCGUCUAUGAUCCAACCACGGAUUUCAUUUCCAAACCAAAGAAGAGGGUUGUGGGUGUACCAGAGACACCGGCUGAAGUGCUAGAAAGUGUCAAAGCGAAGAUAAACAGGCUUCUACCAGGCGAAACCGUUCCUUUGAGUGUUGAUGGAUAUGCAGACGCACUCAUAAGAAUGGCUACUGAUCCAAAACGCUUGGCAGGAAUGUACAUUGGCUGGUGUGCUUUCUUCUGAGACCAUUUAUGAUCAGCUCCGAAAGCAUUUUACAAGUGAUAGUGAUUAUCCGUUGUAUCAUCUGAAUAAAUGACGUAAAAUUUGAAAAUAGCUUACUUCAGCGGAGCAGUUUCAAAUGUUAUAACCGGAUUUCAAAC